UGAUAUCUGGGCUGGGAGGUCCGCCCACUGGCGACUGCAGGUCGCUGGGCCAUCCCCGGUCCUCAGGGAAGGGAACCCCACCGCCUUUCCGAGGUGCUCGGCGCCCCCUGCUGCCAGCCGAGGAGCUCAGAGCCCGCUCGCAGGAGGCCGGGAACAUGGCGGGGCAGUCCAGGAACAUGGCGGGGCAGCCUGCGGCCUCGGGCUCGCCAUCUCCGGACCGGGACGGAACGGAGCCCAACGUUGUGGCUCGGAUCUCACAGUGGGCGGACGACCACCUGCGCCUAGUCCGGAACAUCAGCACUGGAAUGGCCAUAGCUGGAAUAAUAUUACUUCUAAGAAGUAUUCGACUGACAUCAAAAUUCACAAGCUCUUCGGAUAUACCAGUAGAAUUUAUAAGAAGAAAUGUUAAACUACGUGGACGAUUACGCCAAGUAACUGAGAAUGGUUUAGAAAUUGAACAUGUACCUAUUACUUUACCUAUUAUAGCAUCAUUGAGAAAUAGGGUCUUCCUCUGUUGCCAGGCUGGAGUGCAGUGGCACAAUCUUGGGUCACUGCAACUGCCACCUCCCGGGUUCAAGCGAUUCUCCUGCCUCAGCCUCCCGAAUAGCUGGGACUACAGGCUCAUGCCACCAGGCCCAGAGGAGCCACAUGGUGCUUUGCUGGUUAAGUUGGCCGGAGUAGAACUCACUGAAACUGGGAAGGCAUGGUUACAAAAAGAGCUAAAACCUUCCCAAUUACUAUGGUUCCAACUUCUUGGAAAGGAGAAUUCAGCACUCUUUUGCUAUAUUUUGGUGAAUAAGGGUAGAUAUUUCAAUGUGAAUCUGAAUGAAGAAAUUCUGAGAAGAGGCCUUGGCAAAACUGUUCUUGUUAAAGGGCUUAAAUAUGAUUCUAAAAUCUAUUGGAAAAUUCACAGAAACUUACUUAAAGCUGAAUUAACAGCCGUAAAAAAAGGAGAAGGAAUAUGGAAGGAAGACUCUGAGAAAGAAAGUUGUUUGGAAAAAUUCAAAGAUUCCUGGAGAGAAAUAUGGAAAAGGGACAGUUUUUCAAAAACAACAGGAUUAGAUUUCAACUUGAAAAAAGAAAGGUAUUAUGACAAACUUAAAAGGACUUAUGAAAUAUGGAAAGACAACAUGAACAACUACUCCUUAAUAUUGAAGUUCAGAGAACUUAUAAGUCGCAUACACUUUCGUAGAAAAGGGUGAAAUGUUCAAGAGAUCUAGAGGUAACCUUCUCCAAAGAGUAAAAUAUGUAAGUAUAUGGACGUUUUUCAUUGACUCAGAAUGGAAGUUUUACCAACUGAUCAAAGUAUUAGUCUAAUUGUAUUUAAAUAUUAAAAAGAGAUAAUUAUUAUAAGUGUAAUGUCAGAAUGAAUUUAAACAAGUUGUAAUUAAUGUAAUAUGCUUUUAGGGAAGAUGAAACACUUUAUAAGAAGUUACUAGGCUGAAUGGUUUAUAUAUGUAGUGCUAACGUGCGAAGAGAAAGUUUAAUUCUUGACCACUGUGUUGCUUUUAGUUAUUUUGGCAGCCAUAUUGAAUUUUUUUUUUUUGAGAUGGAGUUUUUGUUCUUGUCGCCCAGGCUGGAGUGCAGUGGUGCGAUCUCUGCUCACUGCAACCUCCGCCUCCUGGGUUCAAGUGAUUCUCCUGCCUCAGCCUCCCAAGUAGCUGGGAUUACAGGUAUGCUCCACAAUGCGUGGCUAAUUUUUGUAUUGCCAUAUUGAAUUUUUGUUUAAAGAAGAUAUAUGUUUGUUUUUCCAGUCUUUUUACCUUUCACUAUUUAUAAUAAAGGAAUUCUUUAUGCUUUA